UAGCUGAAAUACCUGAAGCGCUAGUAAACAUUUGGCCACAAAACUUAACCAAACUAACGAGGGCUUUUCGAUCGAGAAUAUUACAACAAUUCCUGACGAGUCGAAGUAGUACUUGGACCUGAAAUUUGGUUCUUAGUGAUGAAAUGGUACAAACAAAACUGGGUAGUGGUACAUUACAAAACUGGGUAGUGAGAUGCCAAAUGUAAUGAUACAAAUGUGAUUUUUUUUUAUUUUUCUCUAUGUAAAUUGUACAUAAAAAAUUAGGUUUUCAAAAAUAGAACAGUAAAUUAAACUAUAUAUCCAUGUUAAAUCGGGUUUAGCAGCAGGUAUUUCUUUAAUCAAGUACCUUAGUUUCUCUAAGUGAAUGUAAGAUGACGGGAUUUAUGAUUUCGAAAUUCUAAAAUUCAUGAGAUUAUGUACUCCGAGCACUGGAAACCUCCCGUCAUACUAGCAUCAAGUCGGAGCACGUUACUUCAACUUUUUACGAGUAUAUCAGAUGUAAUGUACAGAUGACCUUGGCUUGAAACAACGGCAUCGAACCUCAAUCUAUCUUGCUGCAUGGGAAGAAAGCAACGUUUCAGCUUGUACCACAACUUACGGGCAUCUCUUCCGUCCAGUGUCAAUUGGAAGAUUUCUUCUUCUGGUUCGGGGAAGAUGGAAGUCAACACUAGUACUCUCACCAUCAAGUUACACUACUUCUUGUUUUUUGGAGGUUUGGCCCCGGUGAUGCCCUUCCUGCUGGUGAUGAGCGUACAGCUGGGCGCGUCUGUGUCCCUCAUGGGGACGGUGGGUGCGCUGGUCCUACUGCUGACGGUGCUGCUGAAGCCUUUUAUCUCAGCCUUCGCCGACACCUUCCCUUGGAGCCGGAAGCCCGUCUUCGUAGGAACUGUGCUGCUCACAUGCCUCUCCCUCAGCAGCCUGUCCUUUAUCCCUCCUUUCUUACCAGCGCCAAACUACAAAAGUACAUUUAUCGUUGAUAAAAGUGUAAAUUACUCGGUUAUUUUAAGUGGUGCAAGUGAUCUCGACGCUCUUCAUUAUUCGGCGUCAACAGUGUUCAACAGCUGUUCCCAUGUGUUCACCUCACAAAUUACUGCUGAGCAGAAGGCAUCCUCGAAAGAAUCAACCUCCUCUCACUUGAUGAUUGUCAUCCCACACAACAGUUCCUGUGAGCUGGAGGCAGGCCGCGACUGCCAGUUUACUUGGACGUCGGCGCUGCUUCAACUGACGCUCGUCAACUCGUCUUCCGACUUCUCCACCUACGCCGUCGCCGCCCCUGGCGAUGCCAGCGUCCAGUGUGACCCCCCGGGCUACGCAGGGAGCCUGCAUUGCGUAGGGGGAGUGUGGACGGACAGGUUGUGUGGGGGAGCGUCGCCCUUGCAGAGCUCCUCCUUCUGGAGCUUCGUGGCGCUCAUGGUCGUCGCAAGCGUCGCCUACACCAUCGUCAACUCCUUCACCGACUCCCUCACCGUCGAUACCCUUGGACCUGAAAGCAACUAUGGCAGCCAGCGGCUGUGGGGUGCCGUUGGGUGGGGACUGAUGGGCCCGAUUGGUGGUCUGGCUGUGGACGUGUGGUCUGGCUAUGCGCAGACCAAAGACUACACGCCUGCAUUCUUCAUGGUCUUCGUGAUCUUGUCUUUUGACGUCAUCAUCUCUAGUCGCCUCAAAGUUCCCGCCCUCAAGCCGAGCGGCACUGCAUGGGCGACUAUGAAGCCUGUGUUGCAACGGCCGCACUUCCUGCUCUUCCUGCUGUUCUCUGUGGUGAACGGAGUUCUCUGUGCCGUACCUUUCAUCUACCUCUUCGUCCUACAAGAGGAGAUGUCAGCGCGGUGGCCGACUAAGCACAUAAAACUGACGCAGGGGCUGACAGUGCUGGUGCGGUCGCUGGCAGAGCUGCCCUGCCUGCACUAUUCUGACCGCAUCCUCGCCCGGUGGGGAGCGGAUAAGUUUUUGUCCGCAAUUCUGUUGCUGCACGCGACACGCUUGGCACUCACGGCCGCUGCUGGUCUGUGGUGGCCGGUGUGGACGACGCUGCUGGUCGAGCUGCUGAACGGUCCGUGCCAAGGCUUGGGUUACCCCGCCGUGGUGCUGUGCGCCAAGAACUUCUCCCCUGACGGUGUCUCCAACACCGUGCAGAGCCUUGCCAACGUCGCCUACGAAACACUCGGGUACGCAUUGGCGUCGGUGUUGUCGGGCUUCCUCAUCUCGUGGGUGGGCAGCGCCCGCAUGUUCCUGGCGUGGGCGGUGGUGGGCUGCGUGGCGUGCCUGCUACACGUCGUCUCAUCGUCCGUAUCACGGCUACGUGAACAGCAGCACAAUCUGCUGCCCACCUGCACACCUCGCGGAAGAGGACCAGACGAAAGUAGAAGCCCCGGAGAAAAUAUCGUGUCCUCUACACGUUUCCGUUGUCCUUGGCGUCCUAAAAGAUGAAGCCCCUCCAACGGUUCGAUCUUUCGAAGCAAGGACGCCCUAAAUGAAAAUAAGACAGAAACAAAACAAAUCGCAGAAAAGGGAUGCAUUAAAAACUUCGUUGAAGGAAAUAUUGAAAUCAUCAGCGUUAAACUUGGAAAAAAUGACCAAUUUCAGGACAAGAACUACAAGUAAGAAGAUCUAACGAAAAAAUUAAUACGUCACCACUGAUAAAUGUUCUCCAGAAGGAAGUGUCGCGCUUUUUCGUGCCGAACACUGGAACUGGAAUAAUUGUUAAAAAUUAUUUCAUGUAAUUACAAUUAUAGUGAGAGCAAGCGAUUCCUACAAUAAAAAUUUCGAUUGUU